AUGAGGAGAGAAAAUGAGACAUCUGUGAUAGGUUUUACCCUCCUUGGACUCUUCCCAGGAAUGAGUCACAUUGGCUUAAUGAUCUGCGCUAUUCUUCUUGUCUACAUUGUUGCCAUCACAGGAAACUCUACCCUGGUCCUCCUCAUUGUUCUGGAUCCUAGGCUCCACAGCCCCAUGUACUUCCCGCUCAGUCAGCUCUCCCUCAUGGACAUCUCCCUCAUCUCCACCACAGUUCUCAAGAUGCUAACCAACUAUUUCUUAGGUACAUCUGAUAUUUCAUACGUUGGCUGUGGAACUCAGGUCUAUUUUUACUCUGCCUUGGGAGGUAGUGAAUGUAUUUUGCUAACCUUUAUGGCUUAUGACCGAUAUGUGGCUAUUUGUAACCCUUUGAGGUACAUGGUCAUUGUGAAUCCUAAACUUUGCCUGCAGAUGGCCAUUGUGUCCUGGAUUGGGGGUGCUAUUCAUUCUGUAGUUCAGACUGUAUAUACCAUGCAUUUUCCCAGAUGUGGCUCAAGAGAAAUCCAUAAUUUUUUCUGUGAACUCCAAGCAGUACUUAAACGAUCAUGUGAGGACACGUCAGCUUAUAAGAAAGUAGUUUUAGUAAUGGCAAUUUUAUUUCUUCUCAUACCCUUUGGCCUUAUCCUCACCUCGUAUAUUCUUAUCUUUCUUAGUGUUCUCCACAUACGUUCUUCCAAGGGGAGAAAUAAAGCUUUCACCACCUGCUCUUCCCAUUUGAUGGUGGUGUUUCUCUACUUUGGCCCAACUAUGUUCGUCUACAUGAUUCCCAGCUCUUUACGCAACUCAGAGCAGGCUCAAGGGCUCUCUAUAUUCUAUACCAUUCUGACUCCCAUGUUGAACCCCCUCAUAUACAGCCUAAGGAACAAGGACGUAGGGGAGGCUCUGAGGAAAGUUCUAUGCAAAGGCCUUAUCAUUAGGUAG